UGCAGCCAAGAUGCCCAAGAGGAAGGUCAACUUUGCAGAAGGGGAAGUAAAGGAGGAGCCCAAGAGGAGAUCUGCCAGAUUGUCAGCUAAACCAGUCCUUACAAAGGUUGAACCCAAGCCCAAAAAGACAGCAGGGAAGGAUAAAUCUGAGGACAAAAAAGUUCACACAAAAGGGAAAAAAGGAGCAAAAGGAAAACAAACUGAAGCUACUAACCAAGAAGAAAAUAAAGAUGAAUUGCCUGCAGAAAAUGGAGAAACUAAAAAUGAAGAGGUUCCAGUCUCUGAUUCAGCAGGAGAAAAAGAAACCAAAUCUGAAUAACA